UGUUUUGAAUGCCGCAUAUAUGCUAGCUUUAACGUUACCAUACUCACAAAUUCUUUUGACCAGCUGGAGAUCAAGUAUGGGUUGGUUGGACGAUUACAAGCCUGCAAUGGCCAUGGUUGGGUUACAAUUUAUUUACGCUGGGCUUGCUCUCUUUACUAGAGUUGCUCUGGUACGAGGAAUGAGCCCCAGGGUGUAUGUGGUCUACAGGCAAGCCAUAGCAACUUUGGUCAUGGCUCCUAUAGCCUGCUUCGCUAGAAGGAGGAAUCCUGGUCGGAUCUCAUUGGGAUUAAAGAGCUUUUCUUUGAUAUUUGUGGCCUCUCUUGUUGGAGUGACUGCGAAUCAGAACUUCUAUUUUGAAGGACUAUACUUGGCUUCUUCAACAGCAGCAAGUGCCACAAUUAAUCUGAUCCCUGCAAUCACCUUUGUAAUGGCAACCACUGUAGGAAUGGAGAAGAUUAAUAUACGAAGCUUGAGAAGCAUUGCCAAGAUAAUGGGGACAAUCUUCUGCGUUAUUGGAUCCAUUUCCAUGGCAUUGCUCAAAGGACCAAAGCUAUUUAUAAACAUGACGGAAUUGCUACCAUCAAAAUCCAGCAUGGUCACGGGUGGAGAUCAUAAUUAUAAUUGGCUGCUGGGUUGUUUAUCUCUCUUUGGAAGCAGUUGUUUCUGGUCAUUCUGGGUAAUUAUGCAGGUCCCAAUUUCAGCAAGCGUUCCUGACCAUAUAUAUUCAUCUACUUGGAUGCUUUUCUUGGCGAUGCUACAAGCAGCAAUGGUUACAUUAGUCUUAGAGCAUGAGCCAGAAGCAUGGUAUCUGCAUUCAUUUGUUGAAUUGGGAUGUUGUUUAUUUGGAGGAAUUGGAUCUGCGGUUACCUUUUUUGUUCAGGCCUGGUGCAUAUCACAAAGAGGUCCGCUCUUCUCUGCAAUGUUUUUCCCUCUAUGCACAGUUAUGACAACCGUUUUAGCUUAUAUGUUUCUGCAUGAGGAGUUGUAUACCGGAAGCCUGCUAGGUGCUUUUGCCGUGAUCAUCGGUUUGUACGUUGUUCUUUGGGGUAAAGCCGAAGACCUUCAAGAUCAUCAGAUCAUCAAAGAAGAGAGUACUUCAAAGCUGCAACAUGAUGAAGCUUCGGGGAAGAUCAUAAGUAGUACAGUACUUGAUAUGGAAGAGCCAUUAUUACUGUCUUGAAAAUCAAGUGAUCAUGUUAAUGUAACAAUAUAUAUAUAUAUAUAUAUAUAUAUGAAUCCCAUAUGAAUUAUAAAAUUCC